CCCACCGCGACCGCGACCUCUCGUCAUACAUACAACUUGUGACACACGGCCAUGUGGACAUAACACAACCGGUUAGGAAGCGACGGUGACACGCCCGACGAUGCCGAGACACCAAGGGACUUGGCUAGGUAGUUGACCCUGCCCGCCAUGGAUUUUAUCGAGAAGUUUGCAAAGCUCGUCACAGGCGACAAGUCAAAGGAAUACUGGGUGGACGACAGGCAUGUUCCCAGUUGCACAGAAUGCGACGCGACCUUCGGCAUCGCAGUCCGCAGGCACCACUGCCGCAUCUGUGGACGCAUAUUUUGCGGGAACUGCACUCGUAACUUUGUGCCUGCACCGCGAGACUCGCCGGAACAGCCCUGGCACCGGGUCUGCGACUUCUGCUACCGGGUCAGACAGCAGAAUGACCAGGCCGCCAUUCGAUUCCAGCAGCAGCAUUCAUCUAUGCGCGGUGUCGGGGCUGCGGUGGUGGCCACAUCUGGCAGCCAGAGGCAGCUAACCGAUGCGGUAUCGUUCGUGUCGGGCUCGGACGGGGGCUCGCCCUCGCCGUCGCUGCACGGAGUCCGCACGCGCGGCAACCACCGAUCGCUGCUGCGCACGCAGUCCUCAGCGCACCGCGUCACCAGCGGCGACCUGUCCUGGAGCGUGCCGCCGCCGCUGGAGGAGGACUUCGGCAUGUGCCUGGCCGACCGCGACGCGCGCCUGCUGUACCAGCAGCAGCUGGACGCGGGCGCGCUGCCGCCGGACGCGCCGCCGCAGCCGCACAGCCUCAUGGAGGUGCACAGGGCGCUGUUCCACUCGGCUGCUGAGGCGCACGUGCGGGCGGUGGUGGGGCAGCUGCUGAUGGUGGAGGGCGUGCCGCGGCCGGACGUGUGGGGCCCGGUGCUGUCGGGCGCGGCGGCGGCGGUGGCGUCGUACCUGUCGCCGCCGCAGAUGUACGUGGCGGGGCAGCACGACCCGCGCAUGUCGCUCAAGGUGAAGAAGGUGCCCGACGUGGGGCGGCCGGAGGACACGUGUGUGGUGACGGGCGUGGUGGUGCGCAAGGGGCUGGUGCACCGCAAGAUGCGGAGCUACAUCGAGUACCCCAAGGUGCUGCUGCUGGCGGGGUCUCUGGAGUACCAGCGCGACACCAGCCGCCUGUCCAUGUUUGACCGCAUCGAGGCGGACAAGCAGUACCUGGCCAACGCGGUGGCGCGGCUGGCGGUGGUGAAGCCGGACGUGGUGCUGGUGGAGGGCAGUGUGGCGCGCAUGGCGCAGGAGGACCUGCUGGCUCGCAACAUCAGCGUGGCCCAGAAGAUCAAGCCCAAGCUGAUGGAGCGGCUGGCUCGCUGCAUGGGCGUGCGCGUGACGCCCACGGUGGAGCACCUCACGCCCACCACCGCGCACCUCUACCUGGGCGACUGCAAGGUGUUCCGGGUGGAGGCGCUGGACAUCAACCCGCAGCAGCAGCAGCAGCAGCCUCAGGGGCAGCAGCCAGGCGCGGCGCCGGUGACGGGGCAGCCGCCGCAGCAGCACCCGCCUGCGGCGGGGCAGGAGCCGGGCACGGUUGCAAUGGCUGGGGAGGGCGGGGCGGGGCGGCUGGCGGGGCAGGAGGCGCCGCAGCCGGCGCCCUCGCAGCCGGCGCCGGAGCCGCCCAAGGCGUUCACCUCGCUGUCCGCGGCCAUGAUGAUGAAGGCGCUGGGCUCGGGGCCCAACGCCGCGGCCGCGGUGGCUGCCGUGUCGGCGGGCGGCGGCGGCAGCAGCGCCUCUUCGUCGCUGACCUCCUUCCCCUCGCCCUCCAGCAACCCCGUGCCGCUGGGCGGCUGGUCCAUGGGUCCCAUCGUCGAGCGCCAGGCUGCCGCCGCCGCGGCCGCCGCCGCGUCGUCCACCUCCUCGUCCCAGCCCGCGGGGGCGCAGCCGCCAGCGGGCCAGCAGCCGCCGCACGGCCCAGGCGCGGCGGGCAGGCCCGGUGCCCCGGGCACGGGUGGCGGCGCGCCGCCUGCCGGCCCUGCCGGCGCCGCCCCGCCGCCGCCGCCGCAGGUGACGCUGAUGUACUUUGAGGGCUGCCGGCCCAUCACGGCCACGGUGCUUCUGAAGGGCGCGGGGCUGGAGCUGGCGCGGCGGCUGAAGGCGGUGCUGGGGUUUGCGGUGCUCACGGCCUGGAACGCGCGGCUGGAGGCGGCCUUCCUGGCGGACCACCUCACGGCGGCGGUGGUGGCGGCGGGCGAGGAAGCCUACGCGGGCGCCGCGGUGGCGGGCGGCUAUGCGCCGGCGCCCGUGCCUUCCGCGCACUCGGCGGUGCCGGGCAGCUCCGGUGGCGGCGGCGGCGGCGGCCCGGGCAGCCUACACACCGUGCCCAGCCUGGGCUCCUCGCUGGGGGGCAUGUCCCUGGGCGGCAUGGCGUCGAUGCCGCCGCCGGCGCCCCACGUGGCGCUGUCGCUCACCUUCUUCCGCAACCACGCCGAGCAGGCCAUCCGCGCCUCCCGCGCCGCGGCCAGCGCCUGCGGCCCGCCCGGCAUCUACCUGUCCAUCAGCCCACACUGCAACGCCUGGGAUGACUCCCUGAUUGCGGAGUGGGAGCAGCAGGGCUUUGUGUUCCCGCACCUGCACCCCGACCACCAGCACCACCACAAGCAGUACACCCUCGCGUACGCCCAGCACCCGCACCCGCACCUGCACCCACACCUGCUGCUGCCGCACUCGCACUCGCACGGGCACCACCACCACCACCAUCACAGCCACAGCGCCGCGCUCCCAGGCGGCGCUGGCGCGGCCCCAGCACCCAGCGGCGCCGCCUCCGCCGCCGCAGGUGCUGCUCCCGCCCAACCGCAGAUGCCAUGCAGCAUGCCAGCGACGCGCAAGAGCCUGGAGGUCGUGCUGCCGGGCGCUGGGCCGGCCGAUGCGUCAGCACCGGCACCGCCAGCUGCUCACGGCGCCAACGGCGCGGCAGCGACAGCCGCAGACGGCGCGGCGGCGGGUGUGGCAGCGGUGCAGCCGCUGGCAGUCACAGUGGCGACAGCAGACGCGCAGCAGUCGACGCCCUCCGCCAUGACCAUGAACUCGCCCUUUGCGGCGCAGGCGGGCUCGCGCUGGGCCACAGCCCACGCCUCCAGCGGCGCUGAGUCAGCGGCCAGUGCGGGCGUGGGCGCCGGCGCCGGCGCAGGUCCUUCCGGUGACGAGUCGGCCACAGGGCCGUCGGAUGUGGGCAGCACCGCUGCUUCCGAGCCGGAGACGCCGCUCGGGCAGGAGGAGGCGGGAGCGGGAGAAGCGGCAGUGGCUGCGGGUGGGGCAGAAGGCGUGGGGCCUGCUGCAGCCGCCGCGGCGGCGGCGCCGCCGCACGGCCAGCCGCAGCAGCGCCCGCCGCCGCCGCCCGGUCACUUGCAGAUGCAGAUGCGGGCGAUGCAGCAGCGGCAGCCGGGGCUGCCAGCGCCGCAGACGUCUCGGGCAGUGCAGGUGCUGCAAGGCCAGCGCAUCUACAACCACCAGCGCAUCUUCGUGACCUGCAUCUUCAGGCGCAGUCGCGACCGCAACCUGUGCGACCCCUACCAGGUCAAGCAGAUCGACUUCUACCACCGCUCACUGGACGUGCCGCUCGUCCGCUACAUACGCAUGGCCACCACGCCGGGGUGGGCCUGCCCAGGGUCGGGCUGCCCGGAGCCCUUCAACGCGCACGAGAGUGUGUUCUUCCACGGCAGCCACAAGCUGACCAUCUUCUACUCCACACUGCCGGCAAUGCACGCUCUGCCUGGCGAGGAGAAGAACGUGAUCUGGCACUGGUGCCGGCCCAUCGGCCGCGGCCGCGAGGGCGCCGCCGCUUGCCGCCGCGUUCCGCUGUCCGCGGACGCCGUGUACAUCAGCAUGGGUCGCUUCCUGGAGCUCACCUUCACCUCGGACGGGCUGGACGUGUUCGGGCGCUCGCUGCACUUUGACCACGUGCGCUACUUCGGGCUGGGUCGCACGCUGGUGUGCAUGUUCCCGGAGCGUACGGCCGUGUACGUGAUGCGGCUGCCGGACGUGGUGAUGGGCUACAGCCAGGGCGCGCAGGUCAAGUGGCUCAAGCAGGAGGCCGCCGAGCUGUGCCAGGAGGCCAACGACGCCUUCGACCUCAUCGAGCUGCUGCUCACCGACAGCCCCCACUACGGCGGCAGCGGCGGCAGCAGCGAGGCAGUCAUGGUCGCCACGCACCAGCAGCCGCACCCGCAGCAGCAGCCGUACUCGGCAUCCCAGGCCGCGGAAGCUGAGCCCGGAGCCGUCGCGCCCAGCGGCGGCAGCUACGACGCCACGGGGGCCUUCAUGACCGGGUCCUCGCCGCCCGGUGCCGGCGCCGCGGGCGGCAUGGCAGCUGCCGCCGCUGCCGCGGCGGCGGCGGCGGUGCCGCCACCCACCAUGACCCCCAUGGCCGCGGCUGUGCUGACGCCGCUGCUGAACGCGGUGCGUGCGGACCGCGCCUCGUUCAUAGCGCUGGUGAACGAGUGCCUCAACCGAAACAUGCCCGAGCCGGCGGCCGCCGCUGCUGCGGCAGCAGCGCAGGCGGCGGCCGCCGCCGGCGCGCCGGCCCCGGCGCCGCUGCCGCCGUGGGAGGAGCUGGCGAUCUGCGGCAUCCGCGAGCUGAACCGGCUGCGGACGGUGCUGGCGAGGGCGGUGCUGCAAUGGGCGGGGCGGCUGCAGGACCCGGCGGGCUUCGCGGCGCACUUCUCGCGCGUCACCGGCGGCGGCGCGGUGGCGCCACCGCCUGUGGUACAAGGCCGCCUGGUGGUGCCCAGCCCCAUCGGGCCGUCCGGCGCCCCGCUGUCCUCCUCACCUCUGUCCAGUGCCACCGCCGGCAACAACGCCGCGGCCCCGCCGCCGCCGCCCGCCUCCGUCGCCUCGUCCGACGCCGGCAGCAGCUUUGCCGGCACGGUGUCCACCACCGCGCCCAGCACCACCCUCACCGCCACCUCCGCCUUCGCCUCGCUGGCGGCGACGGCGCCCGCCAACGCGGACAUCUCUCCGGAGGCGGCGGCUGCCGCCGCCUCCGGCCUCAUGAACGACAGCGGCAGCGUGUCGCUGUUUGGCGCGGCGUCGCCGGCCGUGACCGCCUACCGCCUGGGACUGAUGGCGCAGGGCGCGGACGCCUCGGGGCAGCCGCGCCAGGCGCAGACGCCGGAGGCGGCGGCGGCGGCCGCCUCCGCCGCCGCGCACGCGCUGCCCAUCCCCAUCGUGCCGCACACAGGCGGCCCUCUGUCGGUGCACGCGGUGGCGGAGAUGGUUGCGGUGCAGGUGGCUAGCCAGGGCCGCCGGACAGCGGGCGGUGGCGUCGCCGCCGUUGGCCCCGGCGGCGUGGGCGCCGUGGGGUUGGACCUGCUGGAUGGCACCCGAGCGCUGCUGACAGGCAGCAUGGGCGGCGCGGGCAGUGGUGGCGGCGCGGCGGCGGGUUCAGGCGGAGGCGCAGGCCCUGCAGCAGGGGCUGCGGAGGCGGGGUAUCACGGCGGCGUGCAGAGCAGCGCGGGGCCCAGCCGGCUGGGGGUGUCGCGCCAGACCUCGCGCAACUCCAUCUCCAUGUCGGGCGCAGCGGAGGCGGGCGCCACCGGCAGCAGUGCCGGCGGCGCGCGGCAGGAGGGGCCCGCCGGCGCCGGCGCGGGGACCAGUGAAAGCGGCGGCGUGGGGCACAGCAGCGGCGGCGGCGCGGGCGGCGCUCGCCUGGGCGGCGGGCUGACAUCCAAGCGGCUGUCGAUGCUGGGCCGCGCCGACGGCGGCCACGGCGGCGCGCACAGCAUCCCUCGCUCCAACUCCGUCAGCACCAUAGGGUCAUACAUGGGUGGCCUGCCCGGCGACAGCGGCGGCGAAGAGGGCGACGACGACCGUGACGACGACGCCGGCAGCUCGGAGGAGGAGCCCGACCACGACACCUUCCGGGCCUUUGGCGGCAUGGGCGUCGCCGGCGGCGGCGGCACCACCGGCGGCGGUGAGGCCGACGACGACGCCGACGACGGCGAGGGUGACUACUACCGCGCUUUGUUCAACCAGGAUGGCGGGCCGGCAGCGCAGGCGGCGGCGGUGGCGGGUGGUGGAGCAGCGGCCAUGGACGUCGGUAAUGGCGGCGGUGCGGAGGGUGGCGUCAGCGCGGGUGCUGCCGGUGGCGGCUCCACGGCGGGCUCGCCGGGCGCGCACGGCGCAAUGCUGCCGCCGCACGCCUUCAUGCCCGGAUCGCAGCGACUCAUGCGGCAGCACCAGCAGGCGCAGGGCCAGCUGGCGCCCGUGCCGCAGGGCAGUCGCAGCGCGCGCCGCUCCAGCACUGACGGCGACGGCGUGCCUCAACAGCAGCAGCAACAGCAACAACAACAGCAGCUGCAGUCUGUCAACGCCACAGCGAACGCGGCGCUGCUCGCCGCGCACGCCGCCGGAUCGCGCCGCCAGCUGCUCACCAACGUCCGCCGGCGGCUGGAGAACGUCGCAGCCGCCAGCGGCAUCUCCAGCGUUGGCGGCAUUGGCGCCGGCACCGCCGGGUUGUUUGCCGGCGGCGGUGCGCUGGCUCGCGGCUUCGUGCCGCUUCCGGGCCGCGCGCUGCUAGACCCGGGCGUUGGCGGCGUCGUGGUCCCCAUCUUUGACGGUGAGCCCACAAGCAUCAUUGCCAAUGCGCUGUCGUCGUAUGGGUACCAGCGCGGGCUCAUUGCCGGGUACAAGGCCAUUUGGGCGCGCGCGCGGGCCGAGGGCUACGCGGCAGGCGUCAUGGGUGGUGGCGGAGGCGCCGGGCCGGCGCAGCGCGAGGCGGCGGCGGCGGCAGCGGCGGCUGCCGCAGCCGCCGCGGCAGCUGCAGCUGCAGUGGCUGGUGGAAGUGCGGAGGUCGACGACGCUGAUGGCCAGCCCCCACGCGCUGCUCGGGUGGGGCCGCCUUCUGGCGCCGGCGCGGGCGCGGGCACUGGCGGCGCACCUCCGGGGUCGCAGCCGGCGCAGCCGCAGGGUCCGGGGUACCCACAUGCGCAGGGGCCGCCCAGCGGUGGCACGGCAGGGCCCAGCCCGCCCAUGCCGCCGCCGCCCGUGCCACCGCCCAUGCCUCCUGCGGGCGGCGGGCCGGAGGGCGUGGCGGACUGGUGGACAGUGCUCACGAGCAAGGAGGCCAGCCACGUGCGUGUGUCGUUUGAGGACCAGGCCCGCAGCAUGCCUUGGGCGCGAGCCAAGUUCACGGUGACGGCGCACUUCGCGCCGCAGUUUGCCGAGCUGCGGCGGCGCUGCAUCCAGGGCGGCGAGUCGGCCUUCAUCGCGAGCAUGUGCCGCUGCCGGCGCUGGGAGAGCCGUGGCGGCAAGUCCAACGCCUACUUUGCCAAGACCCGCGACGACCGCUACAUUGUCAAGUCCCUGUCCAAGUCUGAGAAGGCGUCGUUCAUGUCCUUCGCGCCGCACUACUUCGCCUACAUGGGCAAGCGCAUGCUGGACACCGCCGCGCCCAACCCCACCUGCCUGGCCAAGGUGCUGGGCGUCUUCUCCGUCACCUUCAAGCCGCAGCCCAACACGGCAGGCCUGGACGGGCUGGGCGGAGGGGGGCCGGGCGGCGCGGCGGGCGGCCCCGGCGGCCCGGGCGGCGCCGGCGGCGCGAGUGCGGCGCUGAUCAAGGAGCUCAAGGACCGGGAGUUCAGCCAGGACCUGCUGGUCAUGGAGAACUGCUUCUACGACCGGCCCGUGGCGCGCAUCUACGACCUCAAGGGCUCCGAGCGCAACCGCUUCAACGCCGACGCCGCCAGCCGGCCCGACGACCGCCUGGAGGUGCACCUUGACGACAACCUGCGCCGCACCAUGCACACCAACCCCAUAUUCGUGGACGCCCGCAGCCGCGCCCAGAUGGAGGCCGCGGUGUGGGCAGACACGAGAUUCCUAGCGGAGCAGGACGUGAUGGACUACUCGUUGCUGGUGGGUGUGGACAAGGAGAACGGCGUCCUGGCGCUGGCCAUCAUCGACUUCAUCCGCCAGUACACGUGGGACAAGCAGCUGGAGACGUGGGUGAAGAGCAGCGGUAUGCUGGGCGGCAACGGCAAGGAGCCCACCAUCAUAUCGCCCAAGCAGUACAUGCGCCGCUUCCGCGCGGCCAUGCAGCAGUACUUCACAGCCGUGCCCGGCAGCGCAGGCGCUGACCCGCCCGCCGACCCCGACGCGCCGUGAGGGGGAGCAGCCGUGAGGCGGCGCAGCCGCGAGGCGGCGCAGCCGUGAGGCGGCGCAGCCGCGGCGCAGCCGCGGCGCAGCGCUGUGGUGGAUGCGGCGGCAGGGAUAGGCUUUACCAGGGCCUAGGUGAUGUCCUGGGUUUGGCUCGCCUGGGUUGGGUGGAGGUGUGGUUGCCGCAAGCCGGUCAUUGGUUGAGGAAGCUGGAGGGAAUAGCGGCUACUGGGUGUUUUGACCUGCUUGGACUGCUUGGUUUGGUGUCGGCAGGUAGGCAGUGUGCGGCAGUCGGCGGGCCGUCACGGGAUGGUGAGUCUGAUGCAUGGCUGGCCGGUGGAGGGCCGCCCUCAUCCAUGGCUUUCCACCUUUCAAGUGAAGGCCUGGAGUGUCGCAACUUGUUGCCGCUGGCAGCUGGCUGGGCGCGGGGAUUUGAGAAGAUCUCGAGUGAGGGUGGGGGUUAGCCGAUUCUCAGCACGAAUGCGUGUGUGUGUGUAUGUAUGCGGUCAGGGCUGCGGAACAUGGCCGGAUAGGGUGAUGGACGGACGGACUUUUAAGCGGGGUGUUCAUUUGGUCGGUGAUCAAAACUGGUGGGACGGCGUACGCGUAGGAGUUGGGUGCGGCCUGGCCGCAUACGGUAGUAACGUUUGUUGGCCUUGCUUGUGAGAGAGUAGGUGCCGUCUGGCUGAUAUAAGAGAUAGCGAGCACGCACGCGGGCGGGCGGGCAUGGCGGCCGUUUAAAUGUGGAGCCAGGUCCGUGCGGCGGUGUGCGGUUGGUGCCCCGUGUUGUUCAGCUGCUGGUCGGCGGGUGCCAUGCUGGUGCUUCGGCCUUGGACAGCUAGCGCGGGCGGCGCCCUGGGGUUCAGCACAACCUCCAAUAUGCUACGGUGCCUGGCAUGGGCGAUUACCCCAGGCCCGGGGCAUGUGUUUGGUGCGUACCGUGCCGCAUUUACCGGCAACCGAUUGCAUUCUGUUCAAGCCCUUCAGCACUACUUGUGCCUGCAUGACAACAUCGUGCGUUUGGUGUGUCGGCAGUGACACGACCACUCCGUGCAUGAGUGCAUCUGGCACGGCAGCAGACUGAGGCACGCGCGGACCCGCCUCGCGCCACAGGCCGAUUCUGUCCAAUGCACGCGUGGCGCCACCAGCGGUCUGGCCGUCGGCGAACUUGCGGCUCGCCGUCGACUUGUUGCGAAUCAGCGGUUGGGGCACCGCCACCAGGUACCGUAAGCGACCGAGUCGUAUUCCAUGUCGUAGUGUCGUUAGCCCUCUGACCCUGUAACUCGGUGGUCUC